AUCUCCAUUGCUAGGGAGGGCUCUCUGGCUGUUCGCACGCGCUUGCUUCCAGGGCCCAGCCAAGCCGCCGCUUCUCUCCCAGGCCCGAUGGUUGUGCUUCAUGUGUCCAAGCGCACACCAGAGGGCGUGCGUCUGUCCGUCUCUCCAUUCCUCUCCGUCCGCAACCACACCGGCUGCCCCUUGCAAGUCUGCCUGCGCCGACGACCUGCUCCUGCCACUGCAGCAGCAGCAGCAGCUGCAGCAGCUGCUGGAAAGGCGGAGCAGCAGGGAGGGGUGGAGGUGGAGGAGGAUUUGCAGCCUGGGCAGUCUCUGGACGAUGCCUCGCUGUGCUUCCGAUUCGCUGCCUCGGCGGGCGAGCAGCGGCGCCUUGUGAACGACCUUGCAGCAGGCAAAUAUCUGCUGUCUUUCCGGCCGCCUGCUGCCACCACAGUGCCGUCUAUCCAUGUAUCUCUUUUUGAGGCGCCUCAAAAAUCGCCUAUCCAUGGAUCUCCUGCCAGGAGCACUGGCGGUAGCAGUGACAGCGUUGGCACCAGGGUUCCCACUCGCUCACAGCAACAGCAGGAAACACAACAGAUGCCACAGUCACAGCAACAGCGGCAGCAGCAGCUGUGCUUUGAUUGGUCCGAGGAGAUCUCGGGAUCUCAGGCGGUAAUGGACAAGAGCUGGCUGGACGGCAUACAGCGCCAGAUGAAGACAAGAAUGGGCCGCAUGCUACAGCUCAGCCAAAUGCUGCAUCUGGGCAGCACGCUCAAUUCGUCCUUUUCCUCCCUCACUUGCCGCCCAAAAAGCCCCUCUGCUCCCACCGCUACCUCCAGCAACAAUGCCAGUCCUGGAGGGUCUGGAGCUCCCGAGCCUGAAGGGGAGGCUCGGGAAAGGUUUCUUGUAGCUGGGGCGGGAGGUUCUUCAGGUUUUGUUGCCGAAGCGAAGAAUCGGCAUUUUCUAGUGAAGGUGGGAACCGAGGAGGUGCACCUGGGGGCGAUGAGAGAUGGGCAAGUGGUAAAUGACAUGAGAGGUGGAGGGAGGAGGGAGGUGGGGGGAAGUGAGAGAGAGGGCGAGGGGAGGGGAGUGGCGUGGGUGCGGCCGAUGGAGGUGGUGGUGCUGCCCACAGCUCGAGUGCGCUGCUGGCUGCCGUUUGAUAUAGUCAUCUGUCUUUCACCGACUAAGAAGGACGCCGCUGCUGCUGCUGCUGCUACUGCUGCUGCUGCUGCUGCUACUGCUGCUGCUGCUGCUGCUGCUGCUACUGCUGCUGCUGCUGCUGCUGCUACUGCUGCUGCUGCUGCUGCUGCUACUGCUGCUGCUGUAGAGACCAGUGAUGGUGCUUUGACUGGUGCUGCGGCCGAUUCAUAUUUUCUUCACAUCCCCGCUUCCUCCUCUGGCUGGGUCUCUCUCUUUGCCGACCCUACCUGGUGCUACCUCACCCUCCUCACCCCGGUUCCGUGUCCUGGAACAGGGCAAAGGGGAUCUGCUCUCAAAAGGGGGUCUGUACACGAAAGGGGGGCUGCACGUCCGAGUGCUGUGUUCUGCAGCCCCCCUGUGCACGUGCCGUGUGCUGGCAACCUGCUGGCUCUGCUGGCCCGUGACGUGCUGCCACAUGUCAAGGGCACCGUGGCUCUCGCACAGCUGGGGCUGCCGUCUGUUGGUGGGAGUGAGGUUCAGGUGAAGCUGCACCAGGUGGAUUCUCCUCAGGUGGAUUCUCAGGAGGGGCAUCAGCAGCUGGUGGGCGGGAAUCAGGUGAAUCUUCAGGAGGAGCCGCAGCAGCAGCAGCAGCAGCAGCAUGGGGCAAAUACGAGGGGCGGUGAGACAGGAAGCAGUGGAGGGGGGAGCAAUGUGGUAGGGGGCAAUGGAGUGGGGCCCAGUGGAGCGAGGGGUGGUGAUUCUUCAGCUGAAAUUGCGGUGCAGAUGCGGACUCGAUACAGCGACAAGGAUGCCGUGCCUGAGUUUGAGAUCUUCCCCGCAUGGACCAUCCGCAACGCCACCGACAUGCCAUUGAUUUGCUCCCUGGCCGCAAGCCCAUCAAUGCAAUCCAUGCUGCAUGAUGGCAAGGGGAAGAAAGGGAGCAGAGCUCAGCUGCAGCAGUUUUACUCCUAUUCACCGCAUUCCACCGUGUCAUUACUGCUGCCGCCCAACGCUGCCCAGCCAUGGCUUGCUGCAGGCACGUCUGUCCGCAUCUGCAUUGCACAGGAGGCAGCUGCAGGGGGAGAAGAGAGAGGGAGCGCCCAGGAGAGGGGUAGAAGCAUGGAAGGACGAGGGGCCACCAUUGACCUCGCUUCUAUCUGCCGAACGACUGAGAUUCAGCUGGUGCAGAGUGUACCCGUUACAAGAGACCGGGAGAGGUCUAGUGAGACGUGUAUAACGAGUACACGGAGAAGGGCGAAGCUGGGGAGGGGGCGACGGGGGCGAUUAGAGACAGUGAUAGAAGGUGGAGAGGAAGGGGAGCCGGAGGGGGGAGAGGCUGCAGGAAACACAGAGAGGGGAGCGAUAGGAAGGAACAGUGAGAGCAGAAACCAAAGGGAUCCCCGGAGCAUCUCCUCCCAGCACGCCACUGCUGCUGCUGUGGCGGCCUGUGAUUGGUCGCUGCGCUGCUUCCAAUUCGCUGUCCGCCUGCGGCUGUCAACAAGUGGCAGCCCCUCCCGAGUGGCAGAGAUUUGUCCGAGAUACGUCGUGCGCAACUGCUUCCCCGUGCCCCUUCUAGUUUGCCAGGAGGGAUUGGAGUUCUUUCCCGAGCUCUGGACCACCAUAGAACCAGGGGCAUCUGCAGCCAUCCACGCCCAAUCCCCAUCGCACAUCUGGUUCUCCCGCUCCUCCCUCGCUCUCUCCUCCUCCUCCACUCCUCCUACCUCCUCCGAACCUGUGCUGGAAGAUGGCGGCAUCAUUCGUCCUUUCCUACGCUUUCGCCCGCUGGAUUCUUCCCAGCCGUUCUCACCUCCGUCUCCUAAAGCCCAAUCCGAGGAUGCCACGUGGCACUGGUCCGGGCCGUUUGGGGCGGCAUCUCUUGGCUCGUUCUGCCUCAAGAUUCGCUCUCACACCAACAGCAGCAACAAUGGCAGUACUGGCAACCCACUAGGAACCAUCCAGGAAGCAUCACCAUCCCCAUCCCCAUCAUCACCAUCAUCGACAGCUACAGCAGAUCUGCAGCGCCAGCUGUCAAUGUCGGUUGUAGCAGCCAGUGGGGUGCGCGUGCUACAGCCGGUGCUCUUUGCUGUUGCUGACGUGGCAGAGGGAGGAGGCGGAGGGGGGGGCAUAGGGGAGCAAGCAGAAGGGGCGUCCGUAGCAAGCGUCGCAGAGCAAGCAGCAGGGUCGGGGGUGGGGUCUAGCAACGCAGCAGGUGCUGAUGAUGGGGAAAAAGGCUUUGCACCAGUAUCACCAUCAACAUCAUCAGCAUCACCAGCUACAGCAGCAGCGUCAGUGGUGGGCGGCACGUGGGUGGCGGAGAUUCGUCCAGUGGAGGGCAUGCAGGAAGCACCCUACCGCAUCGAGAAUGCGCUUGAGGGAAUGGCAGUCUCUGUGGCACAGAAGGGGUCUGAGGAGUGGGAGGUGGUGGAGCCAGGCGAGUCUGUUCCUUUCACCUGGGAGGACUGGCGCUUACCCAAGAGACUGCUGCUCACUGCACCAGGCUGCAUACCUCAGCAGGAGGUCAGCCCAGACAAGAUCAAGCUGUGGCGGCGCCUGCGCCUCUCUCACUCCGCUUUCCCCUCCCUGCUGCCGUUUCACCUGCCUUUCCACCUGAAACAAUGGAAGGGGGGAGAGGAAGAUGAUUUUGAUGAUGAUGCUUACAAGUAUGAGGAGGAAGAGGAGGGCGAGGAGCGGGGCCAAGAGGAGGGAGCAGAGCAGGCAAAGGGUGUUGGGGGGAAGGAUGUAACUGAGGAAGGCAGAGCCGCCAGUGGAAGCAGUGGGGGCAGGGAUAGCAGCCAGGGGAGUGCCAAGGGGUCAAGUGCGGUGGAUAGGGGUUGGAGUGGCUCCGGUGCAGCAGGUGCGGUGCCGGCUGGUGGUAUCUCCAGUGCGCGGCAGCAGGUGGUAGGCGUGGAGGUGUAUGCAGAUGGGCCGAUCCGAGUGGUGCGAGUGUGCGAGAGAGAGAGAGCCAAGGACAGGGAAGGUGCUGUGAGAAAGGGCGGUGGUGCUGGCACUGGUGCCAGCGGUGGUAUGAGUGGUGCCAGUGCACAUGGUACUGGGAGUGGAGCUUUGACUGGGGGUGGGGGGGAAGGGGUCGGCCCCGGGGCGGUGGAUUCAAGGGAGAUGGAUGCGAUGUUUGAGGUGGAAGGGAUCGACAUCAAGCUGCUGCAGUCUGCCAGCUCCUCAGACCUGAUUGCGAAGCAGCAGGAGGAUUCGCCACAGGGGAAGGCUAGGGAGAGGAGAGAGGGGAAGGAGCCAGAAGGAGAGGAAGGGAGGGCGGAAGAGGAAGAAGAGGAGUGGGAGGAGGAGAUGGCUCGACGGAUGUUGCUGCAUGGGCGGGCGGAGGGCCUGUGGGCCGCCUUGUCUGUUUCUCAGCGGGACUUGGCACUGGAGGCUGUGCUAUGUAAUGCAGGUAUCGACUCUUGCCCGCCCCCUCUCAAGCCCCCACCGCUACCCCUCACUCUCAACCAGCCCUCCAGCACACAACCCUCCCUCCUGUCCUCUGCCGUUGUCCUUCGCUCCCUCAACCCGUCUCCCACCUCGACUGAUGCCGCUGCUGCCAGUGGCACCAUGAUAGGACGGGCAUUGAGGAAUCGGUGGGUGGGGAGAGGGGGAGUGGGAGGGGCAGGCGGAGUGGGAGGAGGAGGUGGGGGGAGGGGGAUAGGAGGUGGAGGGGGAAGGGGAGGAGGAGGAGGAGGUGGAGGAGGAGGAGGAAGGGGGGGGGCUCCGGUGUUGUCGAUGUUGGUGGUGGUGAAUCGGCUUGCUUCCCGCCCGCAGCACAUUCGCUCUGCGUCAUUCCUGCUGCAGCCUGUGGAAUUGAGCAUCGAUGAGAGCACUCUCCUCCGCCUCGUGCCCUUCUACCGGACCAAGGAUCCCAGCGUGCCGGUCCGCGACUGGAGCGCCACUCCCAUCUACAUUGAGUACCUCGAGAUUCACCCCAUCAAGGUGGUGGCGAGUUUCCUGCCCAGUGCACCAGGCGCCAUCGACUACUCAUCAGCACAGGAGGCGCUGAGGGGGAUCAUUCACUCGGUGAUUCAAGUGCCAGCAGUGCAGCGCACGUCCAUCCACCUGCACGGGCUGCUGCUGACGCAUGCUCUCACAUCCUCAAAACAGAUGGUCGCUAAACUGACCAGACACUACUCGUGGUACGCCCUACGAGCAGUGUACAUAGCUCGUGGUCUGCCCCUGCUCCCACAGCCCUUCACUGCUCUCUUUGACGACUCCGCCUCGUCAGCUCUGGACGCCUUCUUCGACCCCUCCCAGGGGCACAAUGCACUCGCCACUGCCACCACCAGAGGAAUAUUCGAUAUUCUGCGCAAGAUGGUGAGGAGGCGAGAUGCCAGUGGAGGCAGCUCGUUUGGCAUCUCACCCACGCUCUUCCUAGGGGAUGUGGAGUCUACAGUGCGCGAGGCAGGCACAGGGGUGGUGCAUGCGGUGGUCUCAGAGCUGUCAGACUCCAUGAUGCGAGGGGUGGAGAGCGGUGGCCUGCCAGGGCUGGCCAAGGGUUUCCAUCGCGCCAUACUGCGCAUUGCCAUGGAGCCAGACACCAUGCUCGCACCCCUCCUGCACCCCUUCGCUCCCGGCUUCACCGCUGCACUCUCGUCUUCCUCCUCCUCGUCUCGCCGCCGCUUCCUCUCCACCACCCGCAUUCGCCUGCGCACCAGCCUAGGGCUACAUGAGGCAUACGUGGAGGGGUAUCUGCAAGCCAUGCUAGACACGCUGUACCGGCAGCCCUAUGUGACGGUGAAGAUCGCCAAUGACACUGUCGUUCUCAAGAACCUUCCUCCCAACACAUCGCUCACCAAUGAGAUGGUGACAUGUGUCACUGGCUUCCUGGUCACAGAAGGGCUUCUGGAGCCUGAGAGGGGCGCCAGCAGGGAUGGGGGCAGAGGAGGAGGCAGGAUGGGGAUGGCUGGUAUUGGUGCUGCUGCUGCUGGCGGGGCAGGGGAGGUAUCUGCUUUCCGGUCGCUGCGACGGAUCCACGGGGAGCAAAUGGGGCCCCACAACGCGCGAGUGGCGGUCUGGGCUCUCCUCGAGCAGCUGGCAGUCACCAUUCUCAUCCGCACCUUGAGACACCAGACUGCCAGGUGGCUGCACGUGAAGCCGCCACCUGGCACUCAGCCAGAUGAAGGGCCUGCUACAGCCGCUGCUGCUGCCAGAGAGCCAGGGGAAGGGGAAGGGACGGCUGGUGGGGAAGCGAAAGCGAGAGGAGGGGGCCGCGGGAGGGUGAGGGCGGCGGUGAGUCAUGUGGUAGUGGCGGGUGUGGUGGCGUAUGUGGAUGGCAGGCUCUGCCGCCACAUCCCCAACGCCUUCCUCAGGCGGGUGGUGAGCGGGUUUCUCCUCAGCUUUGUGGAUCUCUGAGCCAUCCUCUUCCUCCCUUCUUCAUCAAGACACGCAGUGGAUGUAGGUGCAAGUGGUGGUGGUGCAAGGGCGAGUUUCGCUGGGAUUCAAGUCAAGGCCUAGCACAGGAGGGAGGGUGAGGGCGGCGGUGAGUCAUGUGGUGGUGGCGGGUGUGGUGGCGUAUGUAGACGGCCGGCUCUGCCGCCACAUGCCCAACGCCUUCCUCAGGCGGGUAGUGAGCGGGUUUCUGCUCAGCUUUGUGGACCUCUGAGCUGGUCGCAGUGGACAUGUCUUUGUAGGCAGCAGGUUCAUUCCCCAAGGGCACCUCUUUAUCCUGGCUUCUCUGUUGCCAUGCCCCACUCCUGGCAACGUUGGCUGGUCUUUCUCGUUGGGUGUUUCUGUUAGAAUAGCGAGAAUGGAUGCACUAGACUGGGAGGGGAGAUACAAGAACAUGGGGUUGUACCCUCUAAGAGCUGACCUAGCUAGGAUACACACACACAUAUAUCCCAAAUACACUCACAUAUAUUUUUUAUCGC